AUACAAUUAACGUUCUCUUCCUCACAGGUUGGCUCCGCCCCUUCACACACCUACCUCCAAUCACCAAACACAUCCCAUGAGCCAGAGCUUUACCACGUCAUCAAUUCCUCCCUCUGGUUGGACGACUCCAGCUGUCAAUCACUCAGUUCUGCUUAUGUCCCGCCUCUUCCUUCCUCCUCCUUAUAUGGUAAUCCAUCUGUAACCCCGCCCCCCAACUGCCUCCUCUCAACACCUGGAUGGAACGGUUACUACAGCAACCUUUACCCCUCCCCCUCCUCCUCCUCUAGUGAUUGGCCAUUACCUGGCAGUCUGUCAUGGAGGCAGGGCAGUGCCCCAGAGCAGCGUGAGUGUGUGAGCUGUGGGACGAGAAGCGCUGCCCUGUGGAGGAGAGACGCUGCAGGUCAUCACCUGUGUGACACCUGCUGCCUCCAACAGGAAACCAGCAACAGACCGCUGCUGCGACCCAAGAGGAGAGCUGUUGUGGCUAAGAGGAAAGGAACUCAGUGUGUCAACUGUGCAACUGGAACGACAACGCUGUGGAGACGAAACUCUGCAGGAGAACCCGUCUGCAACGCCUGUGGCCUCUACUACAAACUACACCAGGUCAACCGGCCGCUGGCGAUGAAGAAAGAUGGAAUCCAAACCAGAAACCGUAAAGUGACCAAUAAGAACAAGAGGAGCAGGAAAUCUGACCAAUCAGAGAUGAAGCUGUCCCGACUGACCCCGCCCACUGAGGAGGCCAUGGCUGUAUUUGACACCACUUACUGUACGAGCAGCACGUACUGAUGUGGCCAACACGUAGGCUGGUACGUGAUGUGCGCUACGCAAACAAAACUAAAUCUGCAGUAGAACAGAAACACCUGGAUGUUGUAAUGAUUUAGAAGAGAUCUCCAGUUUACCUCACCUACUGGCUCCCACAAUGCACUGGGAGGGUCAUUGUUGAAAUGUUGGACAGCAACAUCACUGCGUCAGAGGAGGAAUAUAAAUGUUCUAACAUUGUCACGUAAUCACUCCUGUGCUAGACGACCAGGCUACUUUCAUCCUUUUACUCAUAACAAAGCCACUGUGUUUAAGUUAGCCUGCUAAGCUAACGUCUGAAAACAUACACUUUAACCUUGACAAGCGGUUGGUGAGAACAGAGCAGGAUACGUGCUGGUGAACACACGGCAACUCUUUAUACUUUACAAAACCAGAAGCCAGUAGAGUGGAGCAGCUAACGUUACCUGCCAAAUAAAUCAGUUUAACUGUUUCAUACAGCAGAUUACUGAUGAACACAGUAUGUGCUGCAGUGUGUUGAAUACAGCCCAUGUUUCACACAGGUGCCCUGUGACCUCCUCCUCCU